CGCCUUAGGCUGCCGCCGCCGCUACCGCCGCUGCUGUCGCUGCCGCCGCCGCCCGAGACUCGCGCAGAGCAGUUAUGGCGGAUCCCGCAGCGCCCGCACCCGCUCCCGCCCAGGCCCAGGCCGCCGCCGCCCCGACCCCGGCCGCAGCCCCUGCCGCCGCCCCGCCGCCCGCGCCCGUCACGGACUCGGCCUCCGGGCCGUCCUCCGACUCCGGCCCCGAAGCGGGCUCGCAGCGCCUGCUGUUCUCUCACGACCUGGUGUCGGGCCGUUACCGCGGCUCGGUGCACUUCGGGCUCGUACGCCUCAUCCACGGCGAGGACUCGGACUCGGAGGGCGAGGAGGACGGCCGCGGCAGCUCGGGCUGCUCCGAGGCCGGGGGCGCGGGCCACGAGGAGGGCCGGGCCAGCCCGCUGCGGCGCGGCUACGUGCGCGUCCAGUGGUACCCGGAGGGCGUCAAGCAGCAUGUGAAGGAGACCAAGCUGAAACUAGAGGACCGCUCUGUGGUGCCCCGGGAUGUGGUCCGACACAUGCGCUCAACUGACAGUCAGUGUGGUACAGUGAUAGAUGUCAACAUUGACUGCGCCGUCAAGCUCAUUGGCACCAACUGCAUCAUCUACCCUGUCAACAGCAAGGACCUCCAGCACAUCUGGCCCUUCAUGUAUGGAGACUAUAUCGCUUAUGACUGCUGGCUGGGGAAGGUCUAUGACUUGAAGAACCAGAUCAUCCUCAAGUUAUCUAAUGGUGCCAGGUGCUCCAUGAACACAGAAGAUGGUGCCAAACUCUACGAUGUCUGCCCUCAUGUCAGCGACUCGGGUCUCUUCUUCGAUGACUCCUAUGGCUUCUACCCAGGCCAAGUACUUAUCGGCCCAGCCAAGAUCUUCUCCAGUGUCCAGUGGCUCUCUGGGGUCAAGCCUGUCCUCAGCACCAAGAGCAAGUUCCGUGUGGUGGUGGAGGAGGUGCAGGUUGUAGAAUUGAAAGUUACGUGGAUUACCAAGAGUUUCUGCCCUGGGGGCACGGACAGUGUUAGCCCCCCACCUUCCAUCAUCACUCAGGAGAACCUAGGCAGGGUGAAGCGUCUCGGAUGCUUUGACCAUGCUCAGCGGCAGCUUGGGGAACGCUGUCUGUAUGUCUUCCCAGCCAAGGUAGAGCCGGCCAAGAUUGCCUGGGAAUGUCCAGAAAAAAACUGCGCCCAGGGGGAGGGCUCUAUGGCCAAGAAGGUGAAGCGCCUACUGAAGAAACAGGUUGUGAGAAUCAUGUCCUGCGCCCCAGAUACCCAAUGUCCUAGGGACCAUUCCAUGGAAGACCCAGACAAGAAAGGAGAAGCCAGAGCCGGAAGCGAAGUAGGGUCUGCUAGCCUAGAGGAGCAACGUGAUGGAUCAGCCAGCCCAGUGGAGAUGCAGGGCGAGGGGUCAGAGGAGCUUCAGGAGACGGGCGAGCCACUGCCCCCUUUCCUCUUGAAGGAGGGUGGCGAUGACGGGCUCCACUCAGCAGAGCAGGAUGCAGACGAUGAGGCAGCUGACGAUACGGACGACACCAGCUCGGUGACCUCCUCUGCCAGCUCUACGACCUCCUCCCAGAGUGGCAGUGGUACUGGUCGGAAAAAGAGCAUUCCGUUGUCCAUCAAAAACUUGAAGCGAAAACACAAGAGAAAGAAGAAUAAGAUCACGCGUGACUUCAAGCCUGGAGACAGGGUGGCUGUGGAGGUUGUGACCACAAUGACCUCAGCUGAUGUGAUGUGGCAAGAUGGCUCUGUGGAGUGCAACAUCCGCUCCAACGACCUCUUCCCUGUGCACCACCUGGACAACAAUGAGUUCUGCCCCGGGGACUUCGUGGUGGACAAGCGAGUCCAGAGCUGUCCAGACCCUGCUGUCUAUGGUGUGGUGCAAUCUGGGGACCACGUUGGCCGCACCUGCAUGGUGAAGUGGUUCAAGCUGCGACCAAGUGGGGAUGAUGUAGAGCUCAUUGGAGAAGAAGAGGACGUGAGCGUCUAUGACAUCGCUGACCACCCUGACUUUCGCUUCCGCACAACCGAUAUUGUCAUCCGCAUUGGUAACACCGAGGAUGGGGCUCUUCCCAAGGAGGACGAGCCCUCAGUGGGCCAGGUGGCCCGAGUCGACGUCAGCAGCAAAGUGGAAGUGGUGUGGGCUGACAACUCAAAAACCAUCAUCCUGCCACAGCACUUAUACAACAUCGAGUCUGAGAUCGAGGAGUCGGACUAUGAUUCUGUGGAGGGCAGCUCCAGUGGGGCCUCCUCAGAUGAGUGGGAGGAUGACAGCGACAGCUGGGAGACCGACAACGGUCUCGUGGAUGACGAGCACCCUAAGAUAGAAGAGCUGGCUGCCAUGCUGCCUACCGAGCAGCCGGCUGUCCCUGAGGAGGACAAGGGGGUGGUGAUCAGUGAAGAGGCCGCCACGGCUGCCAUCCAGGGCGCCGUGGCCAUGGCUGCCCCCGUGGCAGGGCUGAUGGAGAAAGCUGGCAAGGACGGGCCUCCAAAGAGUUUCCGGGAGCUAAAGGAGGCCAUCAAGAUCCUGGAGAGCCUCAAGAACAUGACGGUGGAGCAGCUGCUCACAGGCUCGCCCACCUCGCCCACCGUGGAGCCCGAGAAGCCAACCCGAGAGAAGAAGUUUUUGGAUGAUAUCAAGAAGCUACAGGAGAACCUCAAGAAGACCCUGGACAACGUGGCCAUCGCCGAGGAGGAGAAGAUGGAGGCAGCGCCCGACACAGAGCGCAAGGAGGAUAAACCUGAGGUGCAGUCACCGGUGAAAGCCGAGUGGCCCAGUGAGACACCUGUGCUCUGCCAGCAGUGCGGUGGCAGGCCUGGCGUUACCUUCACCAGCGCCAAGGGCGAGGUGUUCUCUGUGCUGGAGUGUGCACCCUCAAACCAUUCUUUCAAGAAGAUUGAGUUCCAGCCCCCAGAAGCCAAGAAGUUCUUCAGCACAGUACGGAAAGAGAUGGCUCUGCUGGCCACCUCACUGCCCGAUGGCAUCAUGGUCAAGACUUUUGAGGACAGAAUGGACCUCUUCUCGGCACUGAUCAAGGGCCCCACCCGGACUCCCUAUGAAGAUGGCCUCUACCUAUUUGACAUCCAGCUUCCCAAUAUCUACCCUGCAGUGCCCCCACACUUUUGCUACCUCUCCCAGUGCAGUGGCCGCCUGAACCCCAACCUGUAUGACAAUGGGAAAGUGUGUGUCAGCCUCCUGGGUACCUGGAUUGGUAAGGGGACAGAGAGGUGGACAAGCAAAUCUAGUCUUCUCCAGGUGCUUAUCUCCAUCCAAGGUCUGAUCCUGGUGAAUGAACCGUACUACAAUGAGGCUGGCUUUGACAGUGACCGGGGCCUGCAAGAAGGCUAUGAGAACAGUCGCUGCUACAACGAGAUGGCAUUGAUCCGUGUGGUGCAGUCCAUGACCCAGUUGGUGCGACGGCCUCCUGAGGUCUUCGAGCAGGAGAUCCGGCAGCACUUCAGCGUGGGUGGCUGGCGGCUGGUGAACCGAAUUGAGUCCUGGCUGGAAACCCAUGCCAUGCUGGAGAGGGCCCAGGCACUGCCCAACGGGGUUCCUAAAGACAGCAGCUCUCUAGAGCCCCUGGCUGCAGCUGAACUCUCAGACUCCGGCCGUGAAGAGCCUGAAGAUGUCGGGAUGACCCCUGGGGAGGCGUCCCAGGGCUCAGACUCAGAGGGGGGCGCCCAGGGCCCUGCCUCAGGCAGCAGAGACCACACAGAGCAGACUGAGACAGCCCCUGAUGCAUCAGCACCUCCCAGUGUUAGACCAAAGAGGAGGAGGAAGAGCUACCGCAGCUUCCUACCCGAGAAGAGCGGCUACCCCGACAUCGGCUUCCCCCUCUUCCCCCUCUCUAAGGGCUUCAUCAAGAGCAUCCGGGGGGUCCUGGCACAGUUCCGUGCCGCCCUGCUGGAGGCGGGCAUGCCGGAGAGCACAGAGGACAAGUAGCUGCCCACGCUUGGAGUGUCACGGUGGGAGAGGUCAGCCGCUGCCUGCUCUCUCCCUUCCUAAGAUCCUGCCCCUCUUCUGCCCCUUCCUGUCCCCAGUUGGAGCCUUCUGCUGCCCUCUCCUCCCUGCGGCAAGUUUGAUGCUGAAGUGGAAGUGUCCCGAGAUGCUGCGUACCGUCCCUCAGUUAUGUUUCACAGGCAGGCACCUGAGGCACUGGGAACUCACUGAUGUCCCCCUAUUGCCCCAGGCACAAUGUCCUGGCACUUGUCCCCUAGCUGUCCCUUCUCAGGUCAGAGUGGGGUGUUGAGGGACCUGCAGAUGGCAGGAGGGUGGACGUGCCUUGCAUGAAGUGGCUGCCCCUGCAGUGCUCCCGCUCCCUCUCCUCUCCAGCUUGACAGUAGCCUCCACAUGUCCCAGACCUUCCUGCUGCCAUCCCAGGUCCUUCAUUCCCCUUACCUCCCAUCUCCUGGAGCUGUGGCUGCUGGGGCUGGCUCUGGCCUGCCAGUGCGUUAUAGCCCUUAGGUCUAUUGAACUUACUCUCUAAGAGAGGUUAGGAUUACGCUGAGGUUCAGAGUGACACCAGGAGAGGUUGUAGCCUCACAAACAGAGUUGAGGACAUUGUGCUGCUUGGAAAGAAAUGGCUAUCGGUGCCUUGCUCUUCCAGUCCAAGAUGGCAGUGACAGUGGCAGCCCUGCCCAGACCUGCCUGUGUGAGUGGGCUGUUCUGUCACCUGCUCCACUCAGCCUCAUUUUAUCCCCACUGAGGUGACAGGAGCAUCUGCACAAACCAGGCCAGCCACAAGGGCCUCUCCCACCCAGCGGCUCAGCCUCUCCAGUCAGCCUUGGUUUAGAGACUCUCUGCAAGGGCAAUCUGAGGGAGGAGGCUGGCCCGCAGCCAGAGCUCCACCCCACCCCCACAGGCACAGAGGUUUACAAGUUUCUAAGCUUUUGAUAAUGUGAAGCUCCAGGUAGAGAGGAUGCCGGUGAGCACAUUACAACUCUUGUCAUUUCUGGUGUAUGUAAUAUUUAAGGUUGAAAAAAAUAAAUCUCAAAAGCAAAGAUACUAAUAACUCUUACUAGAAAAAAAAAGACAGACAAAAUACAAAACACAAAAAAAAGCCAAAGCAUGAUGCGUCUUGUCAGCCUUAAGUGGGUUCCACGCCUGUGCCAGGCCAGGGCUACCAGGGCAGCAGGGCCCUGGGAAGAUGCCGGGAACUGGAACUCGCCAGGACCAGCACCUUGAGGACACGGGGCCUGGUGGGGCUGUGCGUCCCAGGCUGUGGUUCACCGGGAGAUGUGGAUGCCUACUGCUUACAAUACCUGUAUAAAGUGCUGUGUGAUUAAA